UACACGGACACAGUGAUUGGCGUAGAAAGGUUUUGUUGCUAUAACCCAAAUGGUUGUCAGUAAGAGAGAGCUGUUCACUCUUCUGUAAUCUUGGAGACGCGGUAUCUCAUCGUCAGUCAAAUCCUGAGUACGCAUGGCUUCACACAAGCAGAACGACAGCUCAGCAGGCUUCCAGCCGGCCUUUAAAUCAUUCGCCACAGAUGCGAUUCAUGUUGGUUCAGAGCCGGAGCAGUGGAACUCUAUGGCCGUAGUGCCUCCUAUUUCAUUGUCCACCACCUUUAAACAGCAUAGUCCGGGAAAACACGCUGGUUUUGAGUACAGCAGGUGUAGAAAUCCCACAAGAAAAUGUCUUGAGAGAGCAGUUGCUGCUUUGGAUCGUGCACAAUACUGUCUCGCUCUUGCCUCUGGAUCUGCUGCAACUUUUACCAUUACGCAUCUUUUUAAGGCUGGAGAUGGAAUUUUGUGCAUGAAUGAUGUUUAUGGAGGAACUAACCAAUAUUUCAGAAAAAUAGCUACGGAAUAUGGUCUUGAUGUCACUUUUGUUGACCUCACGAAGCUAGAGGAGCUGAAAGCAGCUCUAAAACCAAAUACAAAGAUGCUAUGGAUUGAAACGCCCACAAACCCCACUAUGAAGGUUGUGGACAUUCAGGGCUGUGCAGAUAUUGUCCAUGAGCACAACAAGGACACAAUUGUUGUUGUGGACAACACUUUCAUGUCAGCCUAUUUCCAGCGCCCCCUUGCUCUUGGAGCAGACAUCUGCAUGUACUCUGCAACAAAAUACAUGAAUGGACACACUGAUGUUGUCAUGGGCUUGAUUUCUCUCAACCGUGGAGACAUCUAUGAACGGCUGAAGUUUUUGCAGAGUGAGCUUGGUGCCGUUCCCUCUCCAUUUGACUGUUAUAUGUGCAGCCGGGGUCUGAAGACACUGCACCUGAGAAUGAAGCAGCACUUCAAGAACGCACUGGCUGUGGCACAGUUUCUAGAGGCCGACCCAAGAGUGGAAAGAGUCGUCUUCCCAGGUCUUCCAUCUCACCCUCAGUAUGAGCUGACAAAGAAACAGUGCACAGGCUGUCCUGGGAUGAUUACUUUCUACAUUAAAGGAAAACUGGAGCACGCCUCAACUUUCCUCAGCAGUCUGAAGUUGUUUGCACUUGCUGAAAGUCUUGGUGGUUUUGAGAGUCUAGCAGAGCACCCAGCGAUUAUGACUCAUGCUUCAGUACCUGAAAAUGAGAGGAAAGAACUGGGCAUCAGUGAUACACUCAUUCGUCUGUCAGUGGGCCUGGAGGAUGAGGAGGAUAUUAUUGCAGACCUAGACCAAGCCCUCGCUGCUGCACAUCCAAAAAAGUAAGAGGCUGAUCAAGAUCAAUCAGGAACAGCAGUGAUGCCACUUGUGGAUGACAAGGACACUUUUUUGUGGCACAUUAAUAAUUUACUUGGUAUAUGACAGUUAUGCUAAAAAACAUUAAUUGCCAUAUUUUCAUUCAAAGAAUAGGAUAUUUGCUGCUUUUGUGUUUCUACUUUUUGUAAUUAUAGUUUGAGGUAGUGGGGCUAAAAAAAGACACAAAACUCUCAAAAAACACCCUCUGUGUUCUCAAGUAAAGCACACAAUCAGUCUUUAUUUUCUGCAUCAAUGUUGCAAAGCCACCUCAUAAUGUUUCAAAUCACCUUUCAUUGAUCAGUUUUGUAUUUUAAAUACUAGAUAUUGGCUAGAUGCUUUAGUGUUUUUGAUUCUGAAGGAUCACAUCUGAUCUUUGUCUGUACUGCCAGACCCAUUAAAAGCCAUUUGUAGUCUC